AUCAAAAGGUAAUGGAGAGGCAUGAAGUCAAGAAGCCUUCCUCCUAAGUCUAUAUUCCUGCCGAGUAUGCCUUCUGAAAGAUGUUUGAAGGGCAGCUGGUGGGCGUGAAGGACCAGGGUUGGUGCGGUGCCUCGUGGGUGUUCUCCGCACUCAGCGUCGCUCAGAACAGGUUAGGUCAUUCAGGCUCAGCCAAAGGUCACUGUGACACAUACACACACACAUCUACACACUUAGACACAAACACCCACGCAAAAACACCACCGUCAGAUUUUAAGGAGACACUAAACCAUUCUCAUAAAUGCCUUCUCGCUGCCUACAGGUUGGUCAUGGAAUCCAACGGAGUGUAUAGAGUGAGCUUCUCUGCCCAGGACCUGCUGAGCUGCGGCAGUCUUGGAGUUAAUGGAUGUCUCGGAGGGCACCUGGAUAGGGCGUGGCACUAUCUCAGGAUGACUGGGGCUUUACCGGAGGUAUGUUACCCUUAUAGAAGUGGAUUUACCAGGAAACUGCCCACGUGCGCCAAGAAUUCGGGACUUGGUUGCCAGUCUCGCUACAAGAGUGGACCAGCCUAUCGCUUACCUAGUAAAGAGCGAUAUAUUCAAAGGGAGAUUAUUACAAACGGACCCGUGCAAGCGCUGAUGACGGUGCACCCUGAUUUCUUCCUGUACAAGACCGGCGUGUACUCUUACUCUGAGCUGGGAAGCCCCCACUCGGCCGCCCAUUCUGUCAAGCUCCUUGGCUGGGGCGAGGAACGUGUGAACGGCAAAACGGUCAAAUAUUGGGUAAAUGUGAACUCGUGGGGGAAAUACUGGGGUGAGGCUGGCUACUUCAGGCUCCUCCGGGGCUCGAACGAGUGUGGCAUCGAGUCCCACGUCUUCACUGCCAAACCGCAGUGCGAGAGUCUCUAUCACGGACUGGAGAUGGAGUGUUAAAAAGGGGGAAACCAAAGCGCGUGUAAGUCCUGUGUGAAUUGGUGUUGAACGCCGCGUGGAUCUUGUGAAAUCUUUUUUUUUUAUGUGUGUGUGUGUGAAAGAGAGUGUGGAAUUAGAUUUACACUUUUUUAUAUGUUUAUUUAUUUUAUUUUU